UCAACAGAAACGACCUUUUUACGAUUUUAAAACGUAUUUGUUAAUUAUUUAAAACGGAAUUUGAUGUUUAAAGACAUUUUUUCCGUAUUUUUGACUCCCAGAUUUUAUAUUUUUACCCGCUGGUUUCCCAUGAUGCUCCAUUUCAGUCGGCCAUUUUGUCACUGUUUAUUUUGAAAAUCUCCGACAUUUGACUCCAACCCUGACAUCACUUGACCGGCCUCAACCCAGGCUCAUAUACACCGCUGCCUCUCUACACACUUUCUCUACCUUCUGUGUGUUUAUUUCAAGUGCCGGUGCCCUUAAAGACCCAGAAUAUGGACCCUGAAUAUGAGAAACGUCUUUUACGACAACAAAAUGGACAGAACUCACCAUAUUCAUCUCCAAUUCCAGGAAGCAGCCCAGCAGCUUCACCAAGUAAAGAGAAAUAUGGAGACCGUUUCAUUCCCAGCCGUGCCGGUUCCAAUUGGAUUGUUAACUUCAAUAUGAUUCAGGACAGUCCUCCAUCUCUCAACCAAACCCGCAAGGCCAAAGAAUCGAACCCUGAUGGUGGUAAAGAUGGUCUUGCCUACACCUGUCUCCUAAAGAACGAACUCCUCUCGGCUGGGAUUGAAGAUAUCAAGGACCAACAACCUGAUGACCGCCGAAUUCUUGUUCCUAAGGAGAGUCGUAACUUGUUCAAGUAUUAUGUUCCCCGGCGCAGUCCUGACGCUGCAGAUUCGUCUCCUUAUUCUCUCUCCCCUGUCGGAAGUAAAAGUCAAAAGCUGCUGCGUUCACCUCGGAAGGCCAUGAGAAAGAUAUCAAAAAUUCCCUUCAAGGUUCUUGAUGCCCCAGAACUCCAAGACGAUUUCUAUUUGAAUUUAGUCGACUGGUCAUCACAGAAUGUUCUUAGUGUCGGUUUAGGCACUUGUGUUUAUUUGUGGAGUGCAUGUACUAGCCAGGUGACACGGCUUUGUGACCUGGCUUCUGAUGGAGAUUCUGUAACAGCUGUAUCUUGGGCUGAAAGGGGUCAUCUGGUUGCCGUGGGAACCCACAAAGGUUAUGUCCAGAUUUGGGAUGUAACUGCAAACAAGAAAAUCAACACACUGGAAGGUCACACAGCUCGCGUUGGAGCAUUGGCUUGGAAUGCUGACAUACUGUCUUCUGGUAGUAGAGACCGUCUGAUCCUUCAAAGAGAUAUACGCACCCCUUCUUUAGCCCCAGAGAGAAAGUUGACUGGACACAGGCAAGAGGUGUGUGGUCUCAAGUGGUCCCCUGACCACCAACACCUGGCCUCAGGUGGCAACGAUAACAAACUGUUUGUAUGGAAUGUGACCAGUGUGAGCCCUGUGCAGACCUACACGGAACACCUAGCAGCCGUUAAGGCCAUAGCCUGGUCCCCACACCAACACGGUCUGCUGGCCAGUGGUGGAGGCACAGCUGACCGCUGUAUGAGAUUCUGGAACACCCUCACUGGUCAGCCCCUACAGUGUGUCGACACUGGAUCACAAGUCUGUAACUUAGCCUGGUCCAAACAUUCUAACGAGUUGGUCAGCACCCAUGGCUACUCCCAGAACCAGAUUUUAGUGUGGAAAUACCCAGGUCUUGUCCAGAUAGCAAAACUUACCGGUCAUUCCUACAGGGUCCUUUAUUUGGCGAUGUCUCCUGAUGGUGAGGCCAUCGUCACAGGGGCCGGUGAUGAAACACUCAGAUUUUGGAAUGUUUUCAGCAAAACACGUUCAACAAAGGAAUCUAAAUCAGUGUUGAAUUUAUUCACCCGUAUCAGAUGAUGUCUGCCCCACCAACGGCCCCUGCAGCUUCACCACCACCACCACCACCAUCAUUCUGUUGAUGCUGCUGCUGCUGCUGUUCUCAUUGUUACCGUGGUUACUACAAUGUUCAGUUUCCUAGCAACGAACAGUCUGACAACUCCUCCCCCUUCUUCUUCCUCCCUCAUCCAACUGACUGUUUUAUUUAUUGUGCAAAGAGGGUGACAGUGGUGGGGGGGGACUGUUGCCAUGGAUACUCUGUCUCUGUCUGUCUGUCUGUCUGUCUGCUGCAGCAUCUUCAUCGUCAUUAUCAUUUGCCUCUUCUCCAUCCCACCCCCCUCUUGUUUCCCCUGACAAACAUCCAGAGAUAUGUACUUGGGUGUGUGUGUGUGUGUGUGUGUGCAUGUAUGUGUUUAUACACACACACAUGUGCACUUACAUACACACAUACACUAUUUAUAAAAAUUUCAGGGGUUUUGGCUUUAGUACUGGGGUGACAACAUUGGCUCCCUCACCCACACACUGGUACACACACACACACACAGUUGGAUCAUAAACAUACACACACACA